AUGGGAUCCAUUACAGAGACCCUGAGACAGGCUCCGUACGGCCCCGCAGUCAAACUCUCGGAGCCGUACCCGGAGAAUACGGAGUUCCCAAUCUCAUUAGCCCCCACAGGCCCGAAUACCCACAUAGCGGAUCUUGUUGCCGGUGUUGAGAGGCUUUCUACUAGCGGCAAGCUGCGUAGCUUACUGAACACUCAUGGCGCCGUCUACUUUCAAGAUCUGGGGCUAAAGAAUGCGGAUGAGUUUUCCCUAUUUGCUCACGCUUUUGGGUGGACAGCACACGAAGAUAUCGGAAACCCUGUAAGACGGACCAUCCACGCCAAAAAUGUGGCUACUGCCAACGAGGGUCCAAACACACAGCCAGUGUAUCCACAUAACGAGUUUGGACUAAGUCCUCAUUAUCCCGCAUACGUCUUUUUCUAUUGCGCGUCUGCGCCAGAAACUGGCGGUGAAACUCCCAUAAACAACUCUGUCAUUCUCUACCGCAAGCUGAAAGAGAAACAUCCUGAAUUUAUUGAUGAAAUCCAACAGAAGGGCGUUAAAUAUCAACUGUUUUAUCCAAAUGCUGCUCGAGAUCAAACCUCAUCUGCUGGAACCUCUGUUCUACAGGCUUAUGGACGUACGGUUUUGGACGACGAUAGCACAGAGACCAAACGGACGAAAAUUGAAAACGAAAUUCGCAGGUUGCCGACCGCGAAAUGGGUCUGGGAGAACCAGUCAGACAGCAACCCACUUGGAGAUUUGAGGGUCUGGCAACAUCUACCGGCUGUGAGAGAUCAUCCGCAGACAGGGGAUACCGCGUUUUUCAACAAUAUUGUAUCGCGGUUUCUUAACGCUAUUGAUGCGGACACGCUGCAACCUCCACAUACCAACAAAGAUGGUAGAUAUCAGCCACCCGCUUUUUAUGGGGAUGACUCUUUAAUACCGCGAGAAUACCUUGACUCGGCAGUUCAGAUAAUCAAAGAAACAAGAGCUUUGGUGUCCUGGAAGCAAGGAGAUGUGCUUCUACUAGACAACCACGCCGUACAGCAUGCUCGAGAGCCAUGGACGGGUAACCGGAGAUUGCUUGCUAGCUUGUGGGAUGAACCCCAUAAGCAAGUCGUACAGGCCUAG